AUGUUUUUGACAUUUCAUAUCAUCAGUCAAGUAUUUUUUUAUUACAAAAUAAUUUUUAAAAUUACUGCACUUACUCGGUUAGCUAAUCAUUGCAAUUUCAUAUUAAAUACUCAAAAAGUCAAUAGAUAAAAUAAUUCACUAUGGUUGUUCAUGCGGAAGCAAAACCAAUUGAAACUGAUGACCAGAACAGCGUGGACCCAGAAUCAGCUCCCGGCAAGGGGCCAAAACAAUGGGGUUACGACUUGUAUCCCGAGCGGCGAGGUGAAACCUACAAACCUAAGUGGUCCAAAAUUCUUAUGGGCAUGGAAGGCACCGAGAAUAUGGACAAAAUCAAAUGUGAACGUAAUGUCUAUUGGUGUAUCAAAAAUAGUCCUUUGGUCAAAUUGAUGAUGGGCGCUUUGAAAUCGUCCGGUUGCCCAAUUGACAUUCGCCGGCAUAUUUCAUGUGAAGUGUGUGAUCCUUCAGUUACAGGCGGCUACGAUCCGGUUAUGAAUCAAAUUGUUGUGUGUCAGAAUAUGGCCAGAAAAGAGGGUAUGGUUCAGGGAGUACUUACACACGAAAUGAUUCAUAUGUUCGAUUACUGCAAUAACGAUUUGGAUUUCAAAAAUAUCGAUCAUCUAGCCUGCACAGAGGUGCGAGCGGCCAAUUUGGCUCAUUGUUCGUUCUUGAGUGCAAUGUUCCAAGGUGAUGCUUCGCCGUUUAACAUAAAGGAAGCACACAAGAAAUGUGUUAGAACCAAAGCGUUAUAUUCGGUAUUGGCUGUGCGAAAUACAACUACCGAAGAGGCUACCGCAGCUGUUGACCGUGUCUUCCCUAAAUGCUAUGCUGAUUUAGAACCAAUUGGCCGAAGAAUACGAAGGAACUCGACAGAUCAGCACAAAGCAUACAUGGAAGGUCCAAUGUAUGGAUAUGAUGUUUAGUAAUUUGAAGGGUGCAUCGAUUUGUGAUGAUAUUUGAGCAGAAUAAAUUUAAGUUUUAUUUAAA